AUGUUUAGAUUGGGUUAUAAACUAAUCAGACCAAUCUCUAGAGUUAGAUUCAACUCUACCAGAGCCACACCUCAAUCAACCACUGGCCCUCAAUUAUUCAAAUACUUUGCAUUAGCAACAGUAUUCCUGGGAGCAGGUAUCUAUCUUGGUCAAACAGUUUUCAAACAACAAGAACAACAACAACAAAAAUCCCCAACACCAGAUUUAUCGACAUCCCCAUUAUCGACCUUAUCCCCACCAAUCUAUGCCACUGAACAAGAAUUUCAAAUUGGCUUAUCCAAAAUCCUCAAUCUCGUAGGCAAAGAACACGCAUCAUUUGAUAAAGACGUCCUUCAUACCCAUAAUGAUUCAUUCUUCCAAACCCAUCAUCCACCCGAUCCAACCAAACAACAUCCCCAUGUCGUAAUCUAUCCUAAUUCAACUCAGGAAGUUUCCGAGGUUUUAAAAAUCGCUCAUGAGUAUAGAAUCCCCGUGGUUGCUAGUUCUGGAUUAACGUCAGUCGAGGGGCAGAAUAUCCAUACCCGUGGUCCAUAUAGUAUUUCACUUUCAUUUGGACAUAUGAAUAAAAUCCUUGAAUUCCAUCCUGAGGAUUUAGAUAUUGUGGUGGAACCCGGAGUAGGAUGGCAGGAUUUGGAUGAUUUUUUGAGGAAUGAUCCUCAGGGGGACCAUUUAUUAUUUGGACCUGAUCCUGGAAUGGGAGCAAAUAUUGCUGGAAUGGUAGGGACUAGUGCUCUGGGAACGAAUGCGUUUAAAUAUGGCACGAUGAAGGAGAAUGUUGUGAAUUUGACGGUUGUAUUGGCUGAUGGAACGAUUAUUAAGACGAAACAAAGACCAAGGAAGUCGAGUGCCGGUUAUGAUAUGACGAGAUUGUUUAUUGGAAGUGAAGGGACUUUGGGGGUGAUAACUGAAAUCACUUUGAAAUUACAUGUGAGACCAAAAUUUGAAUUUGUUAGUAUUGCCGCAUUUGAAACUAUUAAAGAUGCAGCUGCUACUGCUCAAAAUUUGAUUUCUCAGGGGAUUCAACCUAAUGCAAUUGAGAUUCUUAAUGAUACUAUGAUGUCAUUUGUGAAUGAAUUUUCUGAUUCAAAGACAAGGUAUUUAGAACAUCCAACUUUGUUUAUGAAAUUUGGUGGUGCUAGUGAACAGGCAAUUGCAGAACAAACAAAAGUAGUUGAAGCAAUUGCCGCCAAGAAUAAUGUAAUCAAAUUUGAAAGUAGUCAUGAUGAAGAUAUGAAUCAAGAAUUAUGGCUGGCAAGAAGAAGUGGACUUUGGUCGACAUUUGAACAUGGUGCUAAAGUAUUAGAAGAUCCUAAUGAUGUAAAUGUAUGGGCUACUGAUAUUGCAGUACCAAUUUCCAAAUUAUCUAGCAUUAUCAGUGAGAUAAACCAAGAUUUAAUAGAAGGUGGUUAUGACAAUAAAUUCUCAGUUAUGGGUCAUAUUGGGGAUGGAAAUUGUCAUUUUUUGAUCUUGUUUAAUUCAAAGGAUCAUGGUGUAGUAUCUCAAGUUGUUGAUAAGAUGGUUGAAAGAGCACUUAAUUAUGAAGGUACUUCUACUGGAGAACAUGGAGUAGGGGUAGGUAAGAGAAAGUAUUUACCUCAAGAAUUGGGGAUAACUACUGUUGAUGCUAUGAGACAAAUUAAAUUAGCUUUGGAUCCUAGACGUAUUUUGAAUCCUGAUAAGAUAUUUAAAAUUGAUCCUAAUGAUACAUUGGAUGAACAAUUAGAAGGUGGGCAUAUUAAAGAAAUACAAGAAUGUCGUAAUCAUUAA